CGCGGCGCGUAUUAGUCCAGAGACCACCGUGCUGCGCGGUCGUGUGUACACACAAAGCCACGCGGACUAUUGUGAAAGUGCGAUUUCUAAGUGAGAGUACAGAUUAACAGUGUAAAACGUUCAACAGCCAGGCCAGGAAGUUCAAUGGAAGCCAGGUUCGUGUCCUGCCGAAGCGUCCAGCAGUUAAAGCCGCCCGAGAAGAGCUUGGCGCCGCCGCCGCCUACAGUGAAGGGGCUGCUGUCUCGCUUCGGGAGCCAGGCUCAAGCGUUGUUCGCGCCGAAGAAGCAACGAUUCGGCUCGUCUGUGGCCAUCCACAAGCUACGGGAGACGAAGUGGUUCAAGCACAAUGAACAGAACAUCUUAUGUGCGGUGCUGGAGUCAGGAUUCGUGUUGGAGGUCCGAGCGGAGAACCCUCUGCCGCCAGACUCGACUCUCUCAGCCGAUUACCACAUGUACGCCAUUGCCAUGUGGAAGAAGGGUAAAGAAAAAACAAAGAACCCGGAACAGGUAGAGGUGUACACCGUGCAACAGAAGGGUGUUCGCAAACGCAUCAUCAAGACUACCUUGAGUGCUUUCUGGAAGAAAGAUUCGGUGAUACGAAUCAACAAUGUGGAUGACAAGCAGGAGACACCAAACAGCGAGAAGGAUAUCCGAGCAAAGCUUGACAUGGCCACCAAGUCCAGGUUCGAGAGGAACUGGCAUAACACACUGCAUUUUGUCCACUGGUGCCGAUACGGAGAGACGCCGCAGGAAGCUCGCAUGAGACAGAUCAGCUUAACGACUUCGAAAACACCAAUGAUUAUCAUCUUUUGAUAAUCGUGGGGGAAGAAGCUGGCACCUCUGACUAUGAUAAGCGAGUCACUAAAGUGGGGCAACAUUGGCAUGAAUAUGGGCGUCAUGCUGGUCCAGAACAACGGGCGGGCGAAAGCGAAAUCCGUCUGAGUGUCGCGUGCCGGCGGGCCCGGCACAUGCUACGCCUGUUUCUGGCACUCGCCCGACGUUGACUUCGUCUGACCACAGCGCAAUAAAAAAGUUGAAAUGUCAUCCGCGCAAUAAAAAAAAAUUUAACGUCAACGCGCUUUUUAAACUGUCAAAUUUAAAUUCCGAACGUUACCCUCUACGAUUUGAAUCUUUUGGUCGAGGGUUGAAAGCUUUAAUUUAUUGUGAAAUUUCUUUAACAUUCCUAAGCGCCCCGUGGCUUCGUCUAACAUUCGACGAUGGCACACUAUUCGAAUAAGAUUUUCGAUUUAUAAGACUGCUGAUUAAACGUAACUGCGAAAAACGUUGUGAAAUCUUGGACAUUAGGACUUUUUGUACUAAAAGAUGUAAUGUCACUACAGUAUUAGUCUAUCUGUACUUAAGCACAUAGUUUUUCGUGGUUCUGAGUAUUGCUAAGUAUUCGUAUAUAGGAUAACUUGUUUAUGGCCUACGCUUGAGUCGUUAGAUGUUUGAUGAUAAUACUGUUGUAUGUUAUUUAUGAGGCAUUUUUACAAAUAAACAGUUAUGAUAAAG